UAUCGUUCCGGCUGCUGUAUUAUCCGAUUCUUGUGUGUUGGUUGGUAUAUCGGAAGCUUUAGUGCAAGAUGUUCGAAGAAAAACUUAUAGCAGAGAUUGAAAAACACAACUGCUUGUGGGACAAACGACAGCUUAGUUACCGCGAUCGGGUGAAGAAAGAUUUGGCUUGGCGAAAUGUAGCUGCUGCUGUGGGACAUCCUGAGGAAAACUGCCGAAAGCGAUGGAAAUCGUUAAGAGACCGAUAUGGAAUAGAAUUGAAGGUUGAUCAACAACCUAGCGGAAGUGCUGCGUCGUUUAGACGAGCUUGGCCAUAUUACGAAGCUAUGUUGUUUUUGAAAGACACGGUCACGCCCAGACAGACAACAACAAACAUCGUCUCCCAAACGCCAGAAGUUCUCGGACAAGAACCAGAUAUACUGGAUACUUCCUUUGGAUUCCAAAUAGGAUAUUAUUCCAAACGCGUGGUUUUCGAUGCAAGUUUACGAGGCUUACGCGGUUACGAGACAUUUAAAUAA